AUGUGUCGUCCUGCAACAACGUAUGCUCUGGUGCUGAAGAAGCAAGGCACUGGCGGUUGGGGCAACAACAAGGCGACGGUGAAGCUGGCGGAUGGCCGCACGCUUCUGUCGGAGUCGUUGGCUGCCGGAGCGACGGAGAAGGAGUACAACUUCAAUCCUGCGUAUUCUGUGUAUCCUCAGUGGACUCACUGGAGCUACCUGGUGGACGGCACGGCCGCUCCUGCGGGCUGGAACACUCUGAGCGGAGCUCCCUCGAACUGGGAGACGCAGCGACCGGGUCAGUUCCCUGCGGCCAGCGGUGUGACUCAGUACUAUUUCACGAAGUUCCAGAUCGAGGAUCUGACGGAGUUCGCUUCGAUGGACAUCGCUGUGAACGUGAAGGCCGGAGUGGUUGUGUAUCUGAACGGAGUGGAGAUCCGUCGCUACAAUCUCCCCGAGAAUGCGGAGGUGAAGGAGGAUACUGCGGCUACGGGCGAGAGCGGCGAACCGUUCUUGCUGGUGAUCGGAGAGGCUGUGCAGAGAGAGCGGCUGGUGGUGGGCGAGAACAUUCUGGCGUUCGAGCUGCAUCGCUAUGAGGCGAACGAGGAGACGAACAGCUUCGAUGGAUCUGCGAUUCUGAUUCUGGACAACAUGUACAUGCUGCUGGAUGGUACGGGUACGACGAUGCCUGCUUUGACUGGAAACGAUGGAUCGGACAAAGUGUUCGAUAACAAUUCGGCUACAAAGAUGCUGACUGCUUCUGGAAUCUGCGAGGGUGUGGAACUGAUCUGGUCGUGGAGCAAUGAUCGUCGUGAACCGAUCGGUCGGUACGGUCUGGUGUCUGGAAAUGACUGCAACAACCGCCAUCCUUCGGGUUGGACUCUGUAUGGUUCGAAUGACGGAGAGAACUGGACGAUUCUGCAGUCGAAGGCUGGUCAAAUGUUCACUUCGUACUUUGAGCAGAAGCUUUACAACAUGUUCAACGUGAAUCCGUACAACAAGUACAGAUUGGUGGCUACGGAGUGCUCCAACAGCGAUCCCAUGAUGAAUUGUGAUAACUGGGGAGCGACGAAGAGAUUCCAGCUUGCUGAUUUCUAUCUGUUCACCAAACUGAUCGCCUCCACUGAUUACUGCCGUCCUGAAGGCGACUUUGAAGGAGCGAUGAACGGAGAUAUUGCUUAUGCUGAGUGUCCGAAUCUUUAUGAGGGAACUCGAAGCCGUUAUUGCAACAAUGGAACGUUCGCGGAGGAAGUGACUGCCUGCUAUCCUUCCAUUCCUCAGGGUAUUGAUUAUGGUGCUACCACUUUGGAACUCGUUCAGAACAAGGAAGUGAACAUUGUUCCUACGAUUAUUGGAGUUGAGGUGACUGUGUCUUCGUUCCCCACAUUGCCUGCGGGUCUGACUCUGGUUCCUUCGACUGGAGCAAUCACUGGCAAGCCGACCACGGUGCAGGACUCUAGAAAGUACACGAUUUCUGUGACAAACGAGGGAGGAACGAUCACCACCACGAUCACCAUUCGGGUAUUGGAAGCUCCUGUGAACUAUGUGUUGAUUGUGCUGAUCGUUGUUGUCGUAAUCAUUGUGAUCGUGGCGAUUGUUGUUCUGAUAGUGUUGUUGAGCAAGAAGAAGAAGAGGGGAACGAAGAAAUUGAUGCCAAAGUCGGCUAAGUCUGCGAAGGCUCCGGCUCCGAAGCCAGCUCAGGUAAAGACGAGAGCUAUUCGAUCUAUUCAGGCUCCGACUUCCCAACCAACUCCUAGGCAAUCUCCUGAAGCAUGUCCUGAACCAGGGUCAAAACAAGAUCCAAGAACAUACAAUGAACCAGCUCCUGAACUAUCUUCUGGACAAGUUCCUAAACCAUAUCCUAUUAUUAUUGAAGUAAAUGUGGAACCUUCUAUGAGGGUUUAG